CUGUUCAUCCAUUUAUCCGCAGAGCAUGUCCCGCAGUUCUCUCCGUCCCUUCUCUCCUCGUUUUGGUUUGUUAUUACUUGUUCCUCCUCACCUGACGUCUUCCUCCUCGUCGGUGAUCUCUCAUGUUUGCUUGUACCAGUCGACAGCAAUGGAGGAGGCUUGCGGGUCGCAGUCACGAGAGAGGUUGAGGAGGCGGUUUUUUUAGUCAACGCAGGAAUCGCGCCGGGAGGUUUCGGAAUGGUCCGAGUGUGUUGGAGGGAUUUGGGCGCGUUGGUGGUGUGACGUUAUUCCGUACCCGACAGCGAAGAUGCCCGGAAUGGGUUGGUAACCGUUUUGGUACUUUUUGAAGGCGGGUGCAAAUUAUGACAAGUUGGUUUUCUUGGAACCAGUGAUUCACGUGACUAUCGUUGUUCGGAGCGACCAGCGCCUACUUGCGCUGUCACUUUGAUGCGGGACUGAAAUGUGAAAGUGCACGAUAUCUUUUCUGAAGGAGAUUUAGAGACCAGAGUAGGGGACAGGGAUUGAUAGUGAUCUCAAGGAGUGACGCCAAUAUGGGCAAUUCCUUUGGAUGUUCGGCGUCCGGGGAGCGACUGGUGUCAGCAGCACGGGACGGGGAUUUCCAGGAAGCACAGGCUCUUCUAGAAUGCAACCCCCGACUGGCGAAGUACUCCACCUUCGGGGUGCGCAAUUCGCCCCUACAUUUCUCGGCUAUUCAAGGGCACAAUGAGAUUGUGACGUUACUUCUUGAAUGUGGUGUGGAAGUCAACACUCGGAAUUAUUGCGGACAGACUGCACUUAUGCAAGCUUGCCGUUACGGGCACUGGGAAGUGGUGCAGACCCUUCUCCUCCACAGGGCAAACGUUCACAGAGCAGAUUAUUUAAACGGUCGCACUGCUCUGCAUUUUGCUGCUGUCAGCGGCCACACCCGAUGCAUGCGAUUGGUUUUAGCUGAUUUCAUGUCCAGCGUUCCCUACCUGUGGAACCCCUUGCAGAUUGUGAACAGCGAUGACUCACUGUCCGUGAAAAAUUAUUCUGAUGAAAGUUCCUUAUCUAGGGUUGUGAAUAGAGCAGCUGACGGAGGCAUAACAUCACUACAUAUGGCUGCCCUCAAUAGCCACAUUGAGUGUGUGCAUUUGUUGUUGGAUCUUUCCGCAAACGUCAACGCAGUUACCAUUCAAGAUGGCACCACCAUAGAUUUGAUAGGGGCAGGUAGUGCGCCGCUGCAUUAUGCCGCUUGUGGAGGCAGUAUACCCUGCUGUCAGGCUCUCAUUGCGAAGGGGGCGAGUCGAACUGCAACAAAUUGCAACGGAUGGACACCGUUGCAAGUGGCACGGCUGUGGCGUCGGCAUUGGUUGGAGCCUCUGUUGAGUCUUGACUCAUCAAUUCCUGUCCAACCUCUUCCACCGUCACGCUACCUGGCCCUUCCCCUCUCCAGUAUCAUGAAGAUAGCUAGGGACUGUGGCUGGCGAAGUGUGGAUUCUGUACCUUUGGACGCCGAUCCAUGUUCUGUUUGUCUAGAGAGACGUUGCACUGUCGCAGCUGAUGGUUGCAGGCAUGAACUUUGCACACGUUGUGCUCUUUACCUUUGUUCCACAAACAUCGGUUCCUCUACAGCCUCAAGUCCACCAGGAGCUAUUCCCUGUCCUCUUUGCAGACAUGGCAUUGUAUCGUUCGUGAAGCUUCCAACUACCAUGUCGCUCAAGGAUCUUGCUAAAGUGAAUAUAAGUUCCCUUACUCUUUGUACGACAUGUACGAUGGAAAGUUCUGAGCCGAAUUCUGCCAGGGCUCUUUUACAGAAGGCUGAGAAUAGAGAUGGUUCUCAGAUGUCUCCGCUUUCCUCUCACUCGUUAAGAUUGACUUGCCCAGGCUUUUCCUCUUUGAAUUGUCCAGGAGGCUUUGGUUCUACUGGCGAGAAUUCCGGGUGCACCUCACCUACUUUGACGUGCGGAUUUGUAAGGUCUGAUUCUCGCGCAGAGGUUAGAACCGACGACUCCACAACGAUUGAAACUCUUGCUUGGCCGCUGCCUUCAAGGGUAUCAAUGGCGAGACCAGCUCCUGUGGAGUCAUCUAAUGCUCUACCUAUUCCGUCACACGUUGAUGAUACAUCUACUUCUAAACCUGCUCCUAAUCGCCCACAGAGGAUUUUCUCGUUGCCCAAGAAGGUAUCUACGAGCCGACGGUGGUUGAGGAAACCAUUUCGUUGUACUAACUAUGCAAGCUUGCGGCCGCACAGGGAUUAAUCACAAGUGAAAUAACUCUUCCUGGAUCGUCUGCAUCGGGUUUAUGAAAGGUUGAAGCUGGAAUUCGAAGGCAAAUUUGUUUUUGUCCCAAUUUGGAACAUUGGAUGGCAUCAUUCGUUGCCAUAAUCCCCGGUCAUUCUUGUAUCACAAUUCAUAGGUAGAAUUCAGUUGCCUAUUUUGACGGAUUAGAAUUCUGGAAGAAUGGUACAACUAACCAACAGCUCGUGGAGAUUCUGAAAGUAGUUUGAAUGGUUAGUUCGUACAUUUGUACUAUUUUAGGAGUAGCGUUCUUUGCCACAUCUUGUAGUCUUAAGUGGCCAUUGAACUCAUGUGAAGUAAUCUAUUCCUUGAGAAAGCUGGCAUGCCUCGUCUUGAGACUCAUGUUCUGCAAGUAGUAACUACAGGCUUGUACUUGGACGAUGUGAAUACGCACAUCACAGCCAUGUGUGCAAAUUUGUACUAUGUGAUAACUGAUGACCUCCCAAGCCUGUUUGUGUUAGGUUAGAGUACAGCUUUAUGUGGUCUAAUAGUUUCAUUAGAUAUUUGUACCUGUUAUUUAAGAUACAACAAGGUAAGCUCUAUGGUUCAUAUUUCUCUACUAACCAGACAGGUUAGGUACCUUCUUUGGUGA